AUGAUAAAUAAUCUUAGAAGUUAGGAUAGUGUUCAAAUGUCUAUGAUGCAAUAGCCAUUUUCUUUUUAAAAUGUUUAUCAUAGUUUUGAUGGUAAUGAUUAGAGAAUAAAGGUAAAUUGUUAAACAAUAAUAAUGUAGAUAAAUCAGCUACAGAUAAUUUAACAUAAAUUCAUAAAGUGUCUUAACAAUCUAAUUCGACAUUAGAAUAAUAAAAAGAAAUCCAAUAUAAUUAUUUUACCAAAUCAAAAUAAUUAGCUAUAUGUAUUAUUGACUUCUUAAAUAAUAGGUUAUUUUUGAGGACGAUAAAAUCUUGAGAAAAAUUAAAGUAUAGGAAUCUAAUGAUAGUACUUUCAUGUCUUUUCCAAGAAAUCAAUUUCCAUUAAUAUAAUGUAACAAUUUAAAUAAUCAUUAGAUUAACCUUAUCCUUAGUUUUAUGCAAAUUAUCCUUAAGAAUAAUUUCAAACCUUUUAAUACUAAAUAACAAAUCCAAUCUUAUAAUCUUAAGAUAGAUUCUUAGUCUAACCAAAACAACUACAAUCAAGUCAGCAUUUUCGAACAUCUGAUUUUUAGUUUUUUGGUUCUCAUGAUGAUUCUGAAUCUAUGGAACCUCAAUAAGUUGAAAAGGAUAGUAAAGAACAUAAAAAUACUUAUUUUAAAUUAAAAAGUAAGAUCAAAAAAGGAAAAGUAAAUGAUACUAAAAACAUUACUAAAAACUUUUCUAAAGCAAUAAUUAGCUAUAUUAUAUAAAAUAAGGAUAUUGGAUUAAAAAUAAUGAAUUGUGAAUAAUUUGAAGAAUUUGUAACUAUUUUAAAAGAUAAAAAAAAUCAGAUGACAAAUAUUAAAUAACUUAGAGAACUUUGGGUUGAAACUAAUUAAGAGAAAAGUUAAUAAUUUAAUAAAGCAUUUCGAAUCUUUAGGUAUUAUUUUUUAAUAGAUUAUUUAUAGUGAGUAUUUUUUAAAACAAUAAUCAGUGUCUUAUAUUUAUAAUUCAAGAAUAGCAAACACUGGAUGGCAUUUAAAAUAUAGAUAUAAUUUACUAAGAGCUCUUAAAGAACCAGAAAAUUUUAAAUAUAUCAAAGAUAUUUGA